AAAUUAACAAGUAAAGUAGAAACACAUAACUUUCGGAACGUGUCACAGAAUUCUCGCCUUCUCCGAAUAUGGCAUCGCGCGUCAGCAUCAACAACUUCACCUCUUCCGCGCCCUAUAUCAAUUCCCCUCACUUUCUGUCACCUGUUAACACUUCUAAUCACUCCCUCCAGAACGGUUCGCAAAAGGUCAUGCUUCAGAAAAACGUUCUCGUUACCGGUGGCGCCGGUUACAUCGGUAGCCACGCCGUUCUUCAGCUCUUGCUCGGAGGUUUUAGGACAGUUGUCGUCGACAACCUCGACAAUUCCUCCGAGGUUGCCAUCCGCAGAGUUAAGGAGCUCGCCGGGGAAUUUGGGAACAACCUCUCCUUUCACAAGGUGGACCUCCGGGACAGAGCUGCACUAGAGCAAAUAUUUGUUUCCACACAGUUUGAUGCUGUCAUACAUUUUGCUGGACUGAAAGCAGUAGGGGAGAGUGUGCAAAAACCGUUACUAUACUACAACAACAACUUGAUUGGGACAAUCACUCUGUUGGAAGUCAUGGCUGCCCAUGGAUGCAAGAAGCUUGUGUUCUCAUCUUCAGCAACCGUAUAUGGUUGGCCGAAGGAGGUUCCAUGUACAGAAGAGUUCCCUCUGUCAGCAAUGAACCCAUACGGGCGAACUAAGCUUAUCAUUGAAGAAAUUUGUGGUGAUGUCCAACUUGCAGAGCCAGAUUGGAAAAUAAUAUUGUUGAGAUACUUCAACCCAGUUGGUGCACACCCUAGCGGUUAUAUUGGGGAGGAUCCUCGUGGAAUUCCGAACAAUCUUAUGCCAUUUGUUCAGCAAGUAGCAGUUGGCAGACGACCUGCACUGACAGUUUUUGGAAAUGAUUAUAAUACAGUUGAUGGCACUGGGGUUCGGGAUUACAUUCAUGUUGUUGAUUUAGCAGAUGGGCACAUUGCUGCAUUGCUUAAACUAGAUGAACCUAAUAUAGGUUGUGAGGUUUACAACCUGGGAACAGGAAAGGGAACAUCUGUUUUAGAGAUGGUUAAAGCUUUUGAAAAGGCAUCUGGAAAGACAAUUCCACUUAUGAUGGCUGGCCGUAGACCUGGUGAUGCUGAAAUUGUGUAUGCAUCAACAAAGAAAGCAGAAAGAGAGCUUAAAUGGAAGGCAAAAUUUGGCAUUGAUGAGAUGUGUCGUGAUCAAUGGAAUUGGGCUAGCAAAAACCCUUAUGGCUAUGGAGAUCAAGACUCCACCGAUUAACUAUUAAAUACACAACAUAGUGUUUUCUUUUAGUUUCUUUUCUGAACCCUGCCACACUGUAGGUCUUGUGAAUUUAGUUUUCCCAAAAGCUUUUGUGAUUCUAAGGUGACAAAGUACUUGUAUUAUUAUUAUGAUUUAUAGUUACCCGGUAAAUAAGUAGUAGUUUACUAUUCUGUAAUUUAAAGGUUCUCUAGGUUCUUUCUUAGAUAUUAUUGGUUAAUAGAUACGGAUUCUCUCAUGUUCCUCAUGAGCAGCGUCCUGUUUUGUAAAUCUAAACCACAUAUUUUGUUUAAAGUGUGAUUAACACACAUGCAUACCUCAUUAUCCAGAUUAUAGUUUUCAUAUUUCAAUGUUAGUUUUAGCAUCAUAUGAAAUUUUG